AUGGCAGAUUUGCUGGCACGAAUAGUAGACCAACAGGGUCAGGGUCAUGGGAAUAAUGCCGGAAACCCUGGAAAUAAUCCGAGCAAUCACGAGGGAGUGGACCGUGCCUUAGAAUGGUUUCAAAAAUUUGCACCUCCAAAAUUCAUAGGUGGACCAAGCCCUGACUUAGCUGAGGGAUGGAUGGACCGCAUGAUGGAUAUAUUCGCUGCGCUCGGGUAUCCAGAGGAACGGCAAGUAUCUUUUGCUGUCUUCCAAUUUAAGGGACCAGCCCGAGCAUGGUGGAACGUAAUAAAGGCUAAGUGGAAACGAGAGCAGACCCCCUGGACUUGGGUCAAUUUCACCCAUGAGUUUAACAAGAAGUAUUUGCCACCGAUUGUUCAAGAAAGGCAAGAAGAGGACUUUAUCCGCCUGCGUCAAGGGCCGUUAAGUGUGGCAGAGUACGAGACACAAUUUACAAAACUCUCUCGUUUUGCUCCAGAAUUAGUACUAACAGACCGAAAGAGAAUUCGUCGGUUUGUCCAGGGUUUAAAAGUGAAAAUACAAGAGGCACUGGCGGCUGCCCAGUUGGAUACAUUCAGCCAGACCCUGGAAAAGGCACAGUGA